AGUAGCUGCAACGGGGAGUCGUGUAAGAAAAGUAUGGUUGUGGUUCUGAUGGUAGCGGAGAAGCCCUCGCUGGCUCGCUCGCUGGCAGAGAUCCUCUCGAAGAAGCAGUGCCGACGGCGCAAGUCCGACUGCAGUGCGUGCGACGUUUACGAAUUCGAGGGAAUCUUCCCUCCUGGAGGGGGCGGGGUCAGGGUGACCUUCAAAAUGACGUCUGUGUGUGGUCACGUGAUGUCUCUGGAUUUCCAGCCUCAGUACAACAAAUGGGAGCAAAUUGACCCAGUCGAUUUAUUUGAUGCUGAGACAAUGAAGAAAGAAUCGAUGCCAAACUUGCGAAUACCUCACUUUCUAAGGAACGAAGGAAAGGGAGUGGAUUACCUGGUGCUGUGGCUGGACUGCGAUAAAGAGGGAGAGAACAUCUGUUUUGAGGUAAUGGAGGAAGUUGAGCCAGUGAUGAGACAUCAGAGAAUCCCCUCCACCCAGGCAGUAUAUAGAGCGAGGUUCUCUUCCAUUACUGAGUCAGCCAUCCUCAAGGCAUUCGGAGCUCUCGGUCUGCCAGACUGGAACGAGUCCCGUUCCGUUGACGCGAGAAUGGAAUUGGACCUCAGAAUUGGAUGUGCCUUCACGCGGUUCCAAACCAUGACCUUCCAGACCAAGUACGCAGGUCUGAACAGCAGUGUCAUAUCCUACGGUCCUUGCCAGACCCCAACUCUCGGCUUCUGCGUCCAGCGACACGACGAAAUACUCCAGUUCAAGUCAGAGAAAUAUUGGAAACUCGCUGCCAAGAUCAGCCGGGGAGGGAGGGGAGGACCGGUGGUAUCUCUCGACUGGGGCAGAGAAGGGUUAUUUGACAAAGAGGUCACCCUCCUCUUCCUGGCUCGGGUCCAGGACUGUAGGGAGGCAGUCGUGGUGGGCGUGGCAGAGAAACCUCGCAGUAAGGCUCCGCCCAUUGCUCUCCACACUGUCGAACUGCUGCGAGCCGCUUCCUCAAAACUCCACAUUGGUCCCAAACUAGCCAUGGACUAUGCUGAAAGACUCUAUACUGAGGGCUACAUCAGUUACCCACGUACUGAGACAACUAAAUAUCCAAAGGAUUUCGACUUCCGUUCCAUCUUGUCCAGUCUCAGCGGCCAUCCGGAGUUUGGAGAACAUGCUUCGUCGAUACUCAGGACUAGCAUCAAACCUCCGAGUGGUGGAGUGGACGUGGGGGAUCACCCUCCAAUUACUCCGAUGAGAAGUGCAUCGCGCGACCAACUCCGAGACAGCGAGUGGAAGAUUUACGAUUUCGUUGCACGACACUUUUUGGCCACUCUGAUGCCAGAGUGCAAGUACAAACUAACAGAAGUAGAGAUAUCAAUCGGCAGUGAGGUGUUCCACUGGUCCGGAACCACGCCCACCUCUCCCGGGUUCACUGCAGUCUACCCCUGGCAGGAGGUGCAUGGAAUGGAGACCAGCGUGGAAUGGAACAAGGACCAACACUGGAAUGUGGAUCAGGUUGCACACAGUGGAACCUCUGAAUAAGAGACUCUUUUCAGACAUCGAAAGUCUUCUUUAUUCAGAGGCAUCACGUCGAAAGCCAAAACAAGUAUCGUGUGGAGAAGUUAUUGACUGUAAUCUUUACAGAUGAAAUUGAGUGAGCACGAGACCACACCCCCUGGCUACCUGACAGAGAGUGAACUGAUAACCCUGAUGGAGAAACACAGAAUAGGGACGGAUGCCAGUAUUCCAGUCCACAUUGAAAACAUCUGUUCUCGUAACUACGUCCACGUUGACAGUGAGCGUCGGUUAGUUCCGACCAAACUGGGCGUGGUCUUGGUCCAUGGGUACCAAAAGAUUGAUCCUCAGUUGGUCCAGCCCACAAUGAGAUCUGCAGUCGAAGAACAACUCAACCUCAUUGCCAAAGGAAAGGCUGACUUUGAUUCUGUGCUCCAACACACACUGAACAUAUUCCGAGCAAAGUUUGAGUUCUUCCGAAGCCACAUUGAGGAGCUGGACGAGCUGUUUGAGGCUUCGUUCUCCUCCGUGGCCGAGACGGGCCGCCCGCUGUCUCGCUGCGGCAAGUGUCAGCGAUAUCUCAAGUUCAUCGCGGCUCGUCCGCAGCGGAUGUACUGCGCCCACUGCAACCAGACGUACAGUCUGCCACAGGGUGGCUCCAUCAAGCUCUACAAAGAGAUUAAAUGCCCUCUUGACGACUUUGAACUUCUCGUGUUCUCAUCGCCGACUAAAUCAUACCUCGUGUGUCCGUACUGCUACAACCAGCCUCCGUUCAAGGGAGUGGCUAAAGGAAUGGGUUGCAACCAGUGUCCGCACCAGUCUUGUCCCCACGCCAUGCCGCAGGGUCGGGUUGACCAGUGCUCAGAGUGCGAGCGAGGAACACUCGUCCUGGAGCCUUACAUCAAGACCGGAGGCCCCGCCCCCAAAUGGAAGAUCUCAUGCAAUGGCCCAAAGUGUCGGGUGAUGUACGAGGGAUUCGCUGGCUCCUCUGAUGUCCACAGCUCCAAGGAGAGGUGUGAGGGGUGUGGCUCUUCUCUACUGACUGCCGACCUUAGUCGAGUAUGUCGUGCAAGCCCCUGUCUAUCUCUCACCGUAUCUCUUCUCUCAGGUUUCUGUUGAGAAUAGUGGAGGUUCAAAGGUCACCGGGUGCUGGGAGUGCGAUGAUGUUAUUUCAAAUCUGGUUGUCCCGGCAACACCAGAUUACAAACGGGGGACAGGGAGGCGUGGUCGGAAAAGAGGACGUGGACGAGGAGUUAUAAAAAAAUUUUGAUGAUUUAAAAAUCCCAUUGUGUAAAAAAUCGGAUAUUAUUAUUGUUAUUCGUCAUCAUCUGAGGAGUUUUUUCUCUUCCGUUGAGCCUUGUUCAGAAUGACAGCGGGGUCCACGUACCUGGAGGUCGAGGUGAUAUCUCUGAGAGCCACUCCUCGAGGAGUCAGUGGUCCAGAGAAGACGAAUCUCCUUACCUCAUUCCCUAUCGCGGUGUCCUUGUUCUGAGAGAUCUCGUAGGCAGAGAUGACAAGAGAAGUAAAGAGGUUAAGGACUCCAUAGAUAAACAGAGCCAGGAAAAUGUAGAGAAAAGCUCUGCUGUAGAUGUAUGCAGCCAAGUCGACCUGGGGCUCCAGCUGAAUGUAUGUGUUGUAUAUGUCGUCUCCGUUCAGUAGAGAAAACAGUGUCUCAACUGAAUCGUUGAUGGU